UGCCUUAUCUGGUAGUCUCAUCACGCUGUAGAUUACAAUGUCUUGUUCAAUCUUUAAGGAUUUGCCAGAAGAUCAUCCGAGGCGCCUGAUUCCGGCGCUAUGCAGGCAAUUCUAUCACCUGGGCUGGGUGACCGGCACCGGCGGCGGCAUGAGCAUUAAAUUGAACAAUGAGAUCUACAUUGCCCCGUCGGGGGUGCAGAAGGAGCGCAUGCAACCGGAGGAUCUGUUUGUUCAGGAUAUCGAUGGCAAGGACCUGCAAAUGCCGCCCGAGAUCCGGGAAUUGAAAAAGAGCCAGUGCACACCACUCUUUAUGCUGGCCUAUCGACACCGCAAUGCCGGUGCCGUCAUACACACCCACUCCCAGCAUGCAGUGAUGGCCACGCUCCUGUGGCCGGGGAAAACCUUCCGCUGCACGCACCUGGAGAUGAUCAAGGGCGUAUACGAUGAUGCGGACAAGCGUUAUCUGCAAUAUGACGAGCAAUUAGUGGUGCCCAUCAUCGAGAACACGCCUCACGAACGUGACCUGGCCGAUAGCAUGUACGCGGCCAUGAUGGAGCAUCCCGGCUGCAGUGCCGUUCUGGUCAGACGCCACGGUGUCUAUGUAUGGGGCCAGACCUGGGAGAAGGCCAAAGCCAUAUCUGAGUGCUACGAUUACUUGUUCUCCAUUGCCGUUGAAAUGAAGAAGGCUGGCCUCGACCCAGAGACGUUUGUGGACGCCUCCAAGGCAUAGAGAAGGGUGGCAUUUAGCAAUUGAUAAAAUACACGCAAUUUUUUGUUAAAAAUAA